GACAUUACGUGCAACGAGUACACGAUCCCGGCCGGCCACAUUGUGUUUUCGUCGCCCGCCGCGGCGUGCCGCCUCCCGGAUUACUGGGCCGAACCGGACAAGUACGACCCGAUGCGCUUCCUCGACGGUCGCAAUGAGGAGGACCGCCAGCCGUACACGAACGUGAGCUUCGGCGGUGGCAUGCACGGCUGCAUGGGCCAGCAGUACGCGUACAUCCAGGUCAAGAUCGUGCUCAGCAUCUUCUUCCGCCUCUUCAAGGUCGAAAUGGUCGACAAGACGUUCCCGAAGCAGGACUACACGUGCCUCGUCGUGCCGCCCGUCGGCGAGACGCUCGCCAAGCUCACGCGCGUCGACUAG